UGACCUCGAUUGUUUUGUUUUGGAAAAAUUAGAUUAAUAAUAUUUUGUUGUUAUUAUGCGAAUUGUGAUUUGUGAUUGUGAACUGUAAGCAGAACAAAAAUUAAGUUCCUUUUUUAUUGAAAUUUACAGUUUCAAUUUACAUUUUAUUUUAUUGUGGCUGUUUAGUAAAUUAUUUGUGUAGUCUUUAGUAAUUAUUUUAUCAGUUAAAUACUAAGGAAAUACAUUUUAUAUAAACUAUACAGUAUUACAGUACCCAAGUCAAACAAUUACCAAUGCUAUUGUUUUCAUUUAGAUUUUUAUUUAAUUGGAGGCACCAAAUAUAAUAUCUUAUCAAAUACUAUAACAUUACAUUUAAGAUCGUUAAUUAAAAAGAAAAAUGUCUUUUCAAUCAUUAGACCUUCUUCUUCAACAAGCAGAUGUAUCAGAAAAUAAAAAUUUUACAAAAAAAUCAGACAAGAUUAAUUUACAAUCAUCAUUUGGUCUGAAUGAUUUAAUGUUUGAUGAUAAUGAGUUAUUUUCUUGUGACCAAAAUAUUUCAUCUUCAAUGUCACAACUACAUCUUAACAAUCAAGUGACUGGAGAAUGCCAAAAUAUAUCAGAUUAUAUAAGCAAACAUUUAUCAUUAUUAUCUACGGAUGAACCUAAACUUUCAGUUGUUGAAAAUGAAAAUCAUGUUGAACCAAAACUACCUCAUUCUGACUUAAAAAGUGCAAGUUUCAUAAAUAAUAUAAAAUGUGAAGAUAAAACUACCUCUAAGCCAAAUCUAAAAAUAAAAGAUGGCUAUAUUCAAAAAUACAAAAUAUUCCGUACUAAAUCAUUAGCCAAGGUUCGGAAAUCACCUUUAGAAAAACCAGAUUCCGGUUUAAGUUUAACAUUGGGACGGAAAUACCCAAAAUCAAGUUUAAACUUAAUGAAUAAUUAUCUCUGUAAUGUAUUAAUCGAAACGCGAAGCAGUGGGUUUAGAUUUAACACCCCUUCUCCAGACGAAUUAGUGUUAUCUUGGAUGGAUAUUGUUAGACAAAUGCCCAAUAAAUAACAUUUUAA